AAUUUGUACAAUUUGUGUUCGAUGCUGUCAUUGCGUCCGUCGUCCGUCCGCCUGUGUUUCGACGUUGUCAAGUGCAGGUUGUGCGGUUCGAUUAAUCCCUCGUUUCAACAUAAACUUCAAAAUUGUUUAGGAUCGAAUAAUUUCAUCACAUUUCAAUGUUUAAGCCUUCAACUCGAUUGAAUUAUCCUUGAAAUAGUGAAGCUCAUCGAAGUCACAAGGAUUAUCGAUUGAAUGUAUCUACAGUUUUCCUCCUCAUUGAAUAGAAUACGUAGUUCGUGUAUGAGUGCAACUUACUUUGACGUUUCCGACACCGAGAGUUUAUGAAAAUAUGAAUUCUUUAACGAGGCUUUUGAAAAUUGUCUGAUUUAGCGAUUUUCACUGAAACGACUCGAAAAAUUAAGGGUGUUUUUGAAAAGUAAUGUCCCAGAGUAUAACUACCGUUGGAAUGGAGCGUAGUAUUCAUGAAAUGUUGAAACAUUCGCCACCUCUUAACGAGAGUGACAGCGCUGUACAUACGGGAACGCCACCCCCUCACGAGCCAACAAAUUACAAUGGCAGUGGGGACAAUCAACCUAAAGCAAUGACAAUGCAUCUGGAUCUCAGUUCCCCGUCCAGUCCAGUUUGUACGGUUGCCCUUCCUGGUGUUUUCGUGCCAAGUACUCCGCUACAAAAUGGUGAUACCCAAACCUUGCGAUCCACUCAAAGCAAAAUUGAGAGUCUGAAAAACUGGAGUAUUUCUACGUAUAAAUGCACCAAACAACUUAUGUACGAGAAGCUUGGAAAAUCGUCUCGAACUGUUGACUCUGAGCUCGAAACCCAAAUCGAAUUAUUGCGAGACACGCAAAGAAAAUACUGCAACAUAUUACGCCUCUCGCGAGCACUAACGUCCCAUUUUUAUCACGUGGUUCAAACGCAACACGCUCUCGGCGAAGCGUUUUCCGAUCUGGCCCAAAAAUCGCCUGAGUUGCAGGAGGAAUUUUUGUACAAUUCCGAGACGCAGAGGAAUUUGACGAAAAAUGGAGAAACUCUACUGGGAGCUCUCAACUUUUUCGUUUCUUCGGUCAAUACUCUUUGCAACAAAACGAUCGAGGAUACUUUGCUGACUGUCCGCCAGUACGAAACUGCGAGGAUAGAAUACGACGCCUACAGGACGGAUUUAGAGCUGUUAGCUCAAGAUACCAAAAACGAUAGUAAUAACACAGUUCGACUCGAAGAAGCCCAAAUUAACUACGACCAACACAAACACAACUUCGAGAAGCUGCGCUCUGACGUUUCAAUAAAAUUGAAGUUCUUGGACGAAAAUCGGGUAAAAGUGAUGCACAAGCAGUUGUUACUAUUCCACAACGCGGUGUCCGCGUAUUUUUCGGGCAAUCAUACAGCAUUGGAAGCGACCUUAAAACAGUUCAACAUAAAAGUAAAGUCGCCAAAUUCGACGCUGCCAUCAUGGUUGGAACAGUAAAAUGAGAAGAGAGAAGAAGGAAGAAACAAAACAAAAAAACCGUUUACUAUUCGUCAUUCCUGAGGGAAUCACGACACACAUUAUGUUACUCGAAUUAUUCUCGAGUAAAGAAUGUAAUAUCAGCGGAUAUUUCAUCGUAGCUUAAUAAUAACUCAGUUAUUUCGUGAGAUAUGCAUCGUAUUGUAUCGUUACUUGAAGAAAAAAGAACAAAAAUCAAAGAGGUUGAAAGGAUUUUCAGAGAAAACCCAUAUCAGCUGUGACCUCAUACUUUAUUUUUACUAAUUUAUUCAUUUCGCCCAUUUCUGUAAACUUUAUUUAUUACCAAAAACAAAAGAAAAUGAUGAGAAAAACGAAACAAGGGACCUGGUAGGUCACAGAGUGAAUGUAAUCUGAAAUAAUAUAAAUCAUGUGCAAAUUCAAUAAGGAGUUUAGUGUAUCGCAGAAAAAUUCUGCUUGUUUAUUAGCGUUUGAACCAGCAACGAAUAUUUUGCUUUAAUCGCAAUCGCAUAGAAAAUCUAACUUAAAACGCUUUUUGUACUUAAACUUCCAAUCUCCAGCACAGAUCAAAUUUUGGAGUUGAAUGUUUUUUACUACUAUUUGAUCUUCCAUUCGUCCGGGAAAAUCGAGUUUUUGUAUAUUUUUUGUAUGAUUUAAGCCUUCGAUCACCGCUUCGUAGUCGUUAAUUUUUCUAAUUUGAAUCUCGUUUCGUAAUUUUUUUUUUCCAAUAAAUAUACGUCAAACGUU